AUGCACAAGCAAUUGAUCACCUGCAUAUUCAGCCAUGUAGCAUAUCUUUUAAGAAUGGAUCUUCUUGCCUCCUCUAUUGCAUAUUCACUGUCAAAAAUAACAUGUAUCCAAUAUUUAUGCGUGCCACUGUAUAUAUAUAUAUAUUCCUAUCUUUCUCUCUCUCCUCUAUUCAUCUGUAUCUUUCUCUCUCUCUCUCUCUCUCUAUAUAUAUAUAUAUAUAUAUAUAUAUAUAUAUAUAUCUUUCUAUCUAUAUCUAUCUCUCUCUCUUUCUAUCUAUAUAUCUAUCUAUCUCUCUCUCUUUCUAUCUAUAUAUCUAUCUAUCUCUCUCUCUUUCUAUCUAUCUAUCUCUCUCUCUUUCUAUCUAUAUCUAUCUAUCUCUCUCUCUUUCUAUCUAUAUAUCUAUCUCUCUCUCUUUCUAUCUAUAUAUCUAUCUAUCUCUCUCUCUUUCUAUCUAUAUAUCUAUCUCUCUCUCUUUCUAUCUAUAUAUCUAUCUCUCUCUCUUUCUAUCUAUAUAUCUAUCUCUCUCUCUUUCUAUCUAUAUAUCUAUCUAUCUCUCUCUCUUUCUAUCUAUAUAUCUAUCUAUCUCUCUCUCUUUCUAUCUAUAUAUCUAUCUAUCUCUCUCUCUUUCUAUCUAUAUAUCUAUCUCUCUUUCUAUCUAACCAUCUAUAUCUCUCUCUCUCUCUCUCUUUCUAUCUAACCAUCUAUCUCUCUCUCUCUCUCUCUUUCUAUCUAACCAUCUAUAUCUCUCUCUCUCUCUCUCUCUUUCUAUCUAACCAUAUAUCUCUCUCUCUCUCUCUUUCUAUCUAA